GCCGGCGCCUGCGGGUCCCGUGACCGUGCGCCCCGCCCGGAGCCGCCGCGGUCAUGCAGUCCCCGGCGGUGCUCGUCACCUCCAGGCGAGUUCAGAAUGUCCACACGGGCCUCGACCUGACCGUGCCCCAGCACCAGGAGGUGCGGGGCAGGAUGAUGUCGGGCCACGUGGAGUACCAGAUCCUGGUGGUAACCCGGCUGGCUGCGUUCAAGUCGGCUAAGCACAGGCCCGAGGAUGUCGUGCAGUUCUUGGUCUCCAAAAAGUACAGCGAGAUCGAGGAGUUCUACCAGAAACUGAGCAGCCGUUACCCCACAGCCAGCCUUCCCCCGCUCCCCAGGAAGGUCCUGUUCGUUGGGGAGUCUGACAUCCGGGAAAGGAGAGUCCUGUUCAAUGAGAUUCUGCGCUGUGUCUCAAAGGAUGCCGAGUUGGCAGGAAGCCCAGAGCUGCUAGAGUUCUUAGGCACCAGAUCCCCAGGGGCUGCGGACCUCAGCAGCCGAGAUGUCUCUGUCCUGGAGGCACACAGCCAGGCCCGGGACGACGGGGAGGCUUUCGACUUCUUCGAGCAGCAGGACCAAGCAGAGGGUGAGGGUGUACCCAUCCCAGGCCUGCAGGGUGACGAUGCGGGGAAAUCCUCUGAGGAGGAAGAGGAAGAGGUGCUGGACCCUCUGGGCAUCAUGCGCUCCAAGAAGCCUAAGAAACGCCCCGAAGUGGCCGUGAAGCCCAAACCCUCACCCCGACUCACCAUCUUUGAUGAGGAGGUGGACCCCGAUGAGGGGCUCUUUGGCCCAGGCACAAAGAUCUCCCCCAAGGGCCCCGCAGAGGACGUGCCCCUCAAGGACCCCCUGAAGUUGUUUGAAGAUCCUGAUCUCGGCGGUGCCGUCCCCCUGGGUGACCCCUUACUGCUGCCUGCCGCGCAUGCGAGUGGAGGGCCCACGUCCCACUCGGAGCUGUUCAGAGUUGAAGAAGACUUGGACCAGAUUCUGAACCUGGGAGCCGAGCCCAAGCCCCAGCCACCACCCAAGCCCCAGCCUAAGCCCAAACCACCAUUGGCAGCUAAGCCAGCGCUACCCAGAAAGCCAGCCGUCCCCCCUAAAGCGGGCCUGCCUGAGGUUGCGGUGGAGCAGCGGAAGCAGCAGCAGCAGAUUCAAGCCAUGGACGAGAUGGACAUCUUGCAGUAUAUCCAGGACCAUGAUGCGCCUGGCCAGACCGCCCCCAGCCUCUUCUGACACCCCCACCCCUGUGCUGGCUCUAGAUUGGGAGAGCCUCUCCCCCAGAGGGAUGCAUGGUGAGGUGGGCAUGUGCCCUGCUGGGCCAGGACCUCUGUCCCCAAGGGAAGGGGUGGACGCCCGAGUCACAGGGUCCCUGUAGUACUACCUUGUUCCUUUCUUUUUUUGUUUUGUCUGGGGGGGUGGGGUGUCAGAGAACCCUGCAGGGCACAGAGAGAGAGGUCACCAUAGGAAUUGGAGCCCAAAUUGUCUCAGCCCUGUGGCUGUGGAGGGGAGAGCGUGGCGGGGCAGGGGGGCGGGUUGCCUUGCUAACCAGCUCGGCCCCCAGGAUGAAGGGAGACCGGAGGGGCUCUAGGAGGCCAUCCUGGCAGGGAAACUGAGUCCACUUACACCAACUCUACAGUAGGGGGGGUCUGCCCGGCCUGGGGGGAAGCGGUGGGUCACUGGGCGAGAUGGAUCCCUGGGCAGUAUGGCUCCGGGGACCUGCUCUGAGAAGGUCUCCAGGAGAUGGGUGCUGAGUGGGUGCCUGGGAGGGUUCUUGGUCGGGCAGGUGUCCCUGGCUCUGGUCACCAGGUGCUAAUAAGCAGGGUGCUUUCCCAUGUGUCCAACUGAGGGAGACCUGAGGCCUAGCCCUGCCUCUCAAGCCCUGACAAGCCCCUGGUCUUCCCCCUCCUCCUUUCCCAGGGGAGGCCUGGCCACACGUUGGCCUUUUGGGGCCUCUGCCCCCAUGGUCAGCGCCCACCUUUGCAGCUUUGAGCAGAAUGAUCAUAGCAUCCUCUAGCGCUCUGCCUGUGCCUGCAGCUGGGGUGGCCCCCCGAGCCCCAGAGGGCCUCGGCAGGACGCCCUUGGCUGCGACUUCGAGCACUCUGUCCAGUGGUGGAUGCAGCCAGGCCUCCCUUGUCCCCCAGAUCUGGACAUGCUCACCAGCCUUGCGGCAUUCGGGGCCACCUCUGCAGGGGGAAGCAGCCCUGUGCAGGAUCAGGGCCAGUGCCUUAGACUUCUCCUGGACCCCCCACGCCCCGGCACGCGGGUCUGCGCACGGCACAGCGCUCAGGAAAUUCUCCGCGAAUGACGUUUAAUAGAGCAACGAAUCUCUUUUUUGAUAUAUUCUUCGUCUUCAAAACCAGUUUUUAAUGAGACACGGUUUUUAAUGAAACACAACCACCAUUGUCCCUUGCCUUCUCCUGCUUGACAGAGACUUUGGAAGGGGGUUUGGGGGUAGGCCCCCAGACGCUUUCCCGAUCGGGGCCAACAGCCAGCUCUGAGGGAGGCCCCCCGACCAAGUUGGUUGCUUGCUGCCUUCAGUUUCUAGAACCCUGCUCCUGCGCUGGUCCUGCGGGGGGUGGGGGGCGGGGAAUGCCCCCUCUGUGCUUUUGUCUAUCUCAUGCACCCUGGCACCCUCAUCAGCUGUCCAGUCUGAGAAGACUGCCCUCCCCCACCCGGGACCAAAGCAAUAGGAUAUCGGCAGUUGUGAGGUCUUAGAGCUGAAUGCCUUCUUCUCUGCCUUACCCGGCCUCCAGCUCCAAGGCCGCUCUCCCCAGAGCUCCACUGCCAGACCUCCACUUCCCCACCCCGGAAGGCCUUGGGAGGGGCGCGUGCCCACCUGAGGGCUGCCUCUCUGUUCCCUCUCCUGGGCCUGCUCCCCAGCGGCCACCUACCACCUGCCGUGGCGCAGGUGCAGAGGGCUCAGCAGACAGGUGCCUGGCGCCCUUGGGGACUGGCCCACUGGAAGAGGUCGUAGACGGAGGCUGCCAUGGGGGCGUGGGUAGUGUGGGUUCAUCCACUGUGUCUGGCGCUGCCUAGAUACCUCAUGAAGAUGUGCACAUCCCCAAAUAAUCAUCCUCAGACUGCGGCUGAUUCUCCACCACGGGUCUGUACCUACUGGUGAAUUGAUGACACCCAGUGAUCCAAUAAAGUACAUGUCAGUGAUUCAUUCCAACA